AUGAUUUCUUCAACGUGUAUGUUGAAUUAUACGUGUAUAUUCGCUUCAAACUCACUUGAGUAUAGGUGCAAAGUGUCUGAAUGUGAUUUAGGUGAUAACAAUCGUGAGAUAAGCUAUGAUCAACCGUGGCUUAAAUACGCACUUCCACUAACAAGCAAUGGCUAUGAGAAGUGUUUUCGUUAUGCAUCAAGUUCGUCACUAGAAAAUCAAUGUGAUGCCAAUAGUUUCAACACAACAAAGCUGAUUGGAUGCACGGAAUUUAUUUAUACAACAGAUGAAAUAAAUGUUCAAACAGAGUUUAAUAUUCAUUGCGAUGAUAGUUAUAAACUCGCAUUGAUCGGAUCCGCAAACAGUAUUGGGAGACUUGCACUCUUACCGAUCGUCGGCGCACUCGCAGACAAAUUUGGAAGACUACGAGUGGCUAUAUGUUGCGUGCUAUGUUGCAGUACAUUUGGUUUGAUCAAGUCAUUUUCGGUGAACUAUACAAUGUACAUUGUAUAUUUUCAGCUGGAAUUUCUUGAAUCAUUAGCGGGUGGAAGUAGUUUCAAUGCACUUUUUAUACUUGUUAUUGAAAUGUCAAGUUUUCGAAAACGUCCACUGUGCACUUCUUUAUUAAAUGCAUUUGGUAUUUUUGGCGGCAUACUAUUAGGCUUGCUUGCAAUGUACAUUCAUAAUUUUCGUUAUUUGCUUCGGGCCAUUUAUGCUCCCGGAUUAUUUGUGAUUCUAUAUAUUUGGCUGGUUCCGGAAAGUGUACGAUGGCUCUUAGCGACAGGUCGCGUUGAUCGCGCCAUAAAAAUUCUUGAGCGAAUGGCCAAAGUAAAUCGAGGGACAUUGAACGAAAAUUCAAUUAAAGCACUGCGUUUGCAAUAUUCAUCCAAUAGCAAAAUCAAUGCCACAAAGAAAUUAAAUGCAGACCACAAUGAAAACAAUCUAUCAAUGUUUCAACAAAUUAAACUGGUUGUAAUUAAACUUGGAUUACGUUUUUUGAUUUGUGGCUAUCUGUGGGUUACGUGUUUUUUCUGUUUCUAUGUUUUGAGUUUGACUUCAACUCACAUUCCAGGAACGAAUCGGUACAUAGGCUUUAUUAUUGUUCAGUCAGUUGCGAUCAAUGGUGCAUUGUCGUCAGCCAUUUUUCUUAACAAAUUCGGUCGAAAAAAGUUAAUAUUUUGUUCAUUGAUUUUAUCUGGAUUAUCUGCAAUAAUAACACAAAUUAUUCCGAGAGAGCAAUCAAUCAUUGUGUUGAUACUGUUUAUGAUUGGAAAAUUUUCUAUUACAUUUGCACUCAAUGUAGUGUUAAUCUUUACAGUUGAGCUUUGGCCCACGAAUCUACGGUCAAUUAUUAUGAAUUCGUGUUCUAUGAUCGGAAAAAUGGGUAUAGUGGCGGCGUCAUUUGCCACGCUUCUGAUUACCAGUGCUCCGAUUCUACCAUUCAUACUUUUUGGAGUCACUGCUGGUCAAGCGUUCAGGAUCACAUACAUUUAUGCGAUACAUUGA